AUGUUUACACCAUUUAGUUCAAUGAAGACACUAGAAAAAAAUGGAUAUGUCCAACGGUUUCGAACUACUAACAAAGAUCAGUUUAAACUUACUGACGAAGGCAAAAAUCUCGCAGAAGAAAUUUUUACAAACUCGCAAAAACCUCAGAAUCAAGAAGAAAUCAGAGAUUCAGCAGCUGCUCCUAGAAAUUGUAGCAUGCUGGUUAGUACAAGCGAUAUAGAAUGUCGUACAACGCUUGAUGUAAUUGAUGCAAUUAAUAGAACGAACAGACAAUGGAAGAAGUCAUCAAUUCCUGUUGGAUCAAUAUGGUUUUUAAGAAAUAACGAGGUUUACGAUACAAUUGUCCAGUUUUCUGGAGGAAAAUUACAAUCAACAAAUAAUCAAAUCCUCAAACAUACGUCAGGAACUCCUUUUAAGCACAAAAUAGUAAUUGUUACAAGCAAAGAAAACGUAACAUGUGUAAGUAAAAAGCUUCAAGCGAUGUCUGAUUUCGGAAUUUCGUUAAUUUACAUUGAUACGCCUGCGCAAGUCGCAAAUUACUUGGAUAAGCUAUGUUCUAUAAUGGAUAAGCGUGGCACUAUUAUGGGCAGCCUCAAAGAUGUCACUGCUCUAUGUGAAACAAAUAAAUUUGCUCCAACUGUUGGCGAAGUCUGGCAGAAGACACUGAAGCUGUUUCCUGGUUGUGGUCCUCAACUAUCUGCUGCGAUCUACUCUGUUUUUAAGACUCCUAUUCAGAUGAUUGACUACUUUAACAAAGCAAUUCGUUUGCAAAGCGAAGAUAACGUCUCUGUGACUGAAAGAUUCUGUGAUUUGAUACAGCAUAAAACAGGACUCAGGCCUAAGUCAAAUACUGUUGAUGCUCUAAUGAAUGUUAUUGGUGUUCCAAUAGAAAAAUAA